AUGGGCAUACCCUAUUCGCGUGAGAUCAAUGCCGCCUUCGAGCAAGUCACGCCCCUGGUGGCGGCCGGCUUCAAAGUCCUGCAGACAAUGAAAGAUAUCUCGAUACUGCUCGCAGUCAUACAAGUGUUGACUGUGCUGUCCUUAUUAAUGAUACUAUUUGUCUUAAUAUUGCUGCUGUACUCUGUGAAUCCGGAUUUGGAACACGAGCGAACAGUUCUUGUUACCCCACUCCUUCGCAACCUCGCCUCUCUCACGCUCUGGGACGUCUUCAAAGGCCUUGUCACGCCGGUCGCAUCUACAAUCCUCGUCUUAGGCCUAGCAUGGUGGAUCUUCCGGCUCCAGCAUACAGAGCAGCAUGACCUCGAGCGAACAGCAGACGAUGAUGCGGAUGAGGCGUUGGAAAGCAUUACUGGAGAAACACCGAAAAAGAAGAAGAAAGGGAAGAAAGAAAAGGGAAAGGGCGCAAAGGGGAAGGGUGGAAAGGCUGAGCAUGAGGGAGAGGUGGAUGAGGAAGAGGACUGA